AUGGCCAAGAUAAAGCACGCCAAGCGCGGAAGCGCAUCGAGCUCGCCGUACGAACGACCAAACGGCAGUGGAGGAGGAAGCGGUUCCAACUCCAAUAAGAACAACGUCUUCAAGUUCAACACCAACUUUGGCCAGCAUAUUCUCAAGAACCCCGGUGUCUCGGAUGCCAUUGUCGAAAAGGCCUUCCUCAAGCCUACGGAUACAGUUCUAGAAGUCGGUCCCGGUACCGGUAACUUGACGGUCCGCAUCUUGGAGCGUGCAAAGAAGUGUAUCUGUGUUGAGGUUGAUCCCCGAAUGGCGGCCGAAGUCACCAAGCGUGUGCAAGGAACGCCAGAGCAGAGGAAACUCGAGGUCUUGCUGGGCGAUGUUAUCAAGACUGAGCUCCCGCAGUUUGAUGUUUGCAUAUCAAACACUCCCUAUCAAAUUUCCAGUCCCCUCGUCUUCAAGCUCCUCUCCCUCCCAAACCCUCCUCGUACCUCAGUUCUCAUGUUCCAGCGCGAAUUCGCUCUACGCCUGACAGCCCGUCCCGGUGACGCCCUCUACUGCCGCCUCUCGGUCAACGCCCAGUUCUGGGCCAAGAUCACCCACAUCAUGAAGGUCGGCAAGAACAACUUCCGCCCCCCGCCGCAAGUCGAGUCCUCUGUUGUUCGUAUCGAGCCCAAGACGGGCAAGGACCGCCCCAACGUCAGCUGGGAUGAGUGGGAUGGACUGCUGCGAGUGUGCUUCGUUCGCAAGAACAAGACUCUUCGCGCGAGUUGGCUCGGCACCAAGGAGGUGCUGGCCAUGGUUGAGCGAAAUUACCGUACUUGGUGCGCCAUGAACGGCGUUCCCGUUGAUGACACCCUGAAGACAAAGGUGGCCGAGCUCGUCCGAGAGAAGAUCCGCAAGGUGCUCGAGGACGUGACCGAGCUGGCCGACAAGCGAUCUGGAAAGUGUGACGAAAACGACUUCCUCCGCCUCCUGUUUGCCUUUAACGAGGAGGGCAUUCACUUCUCUUGA